AUGACCUGGCCUGACGUCUCCACCAAGCCCGCCGAGGGCAUCUCAUACUUCACCCCUGCCCAGACCCCCCCGGCAGGCACAGCUCGCAAUCCCCAAACGAGCGGAAAGCCCAUUCCCAAGCUUUUCAAGCCUCUCACCAUCAGAGGAGUGACUUUCCAAAACCGUCUGGGUCUUGCACCCAUGUGCCAAUACAGUGCCGAAGAUGGCCACAUGACCCCCUGGCACAUGGCGCACUACGGCAGCAUUGCCCAGCGCGGACCCGGAAACAUGAUCAUCGAAGCCACGGGCGUUGUCCCCGAAGGCCGUAUCACGCCCGGCUGUGUCGGUCUCUGGAAGGACUCGCAAAUUGCGCCGCUCAAGCAAGUCGUCGAGUUUGCGCACAGCCAAGGCCAGAAGAUCGGUAUCCAGCUCGCACACGCCGGCCGCAAGGCAUCGACCGUGGCACCUUGGCUUGGCGGCGUUGUCGCCAACAACUCCGUCGGCGGAUGGACUGAUAACAUCAAGGCCCCCAGUGCUAUUCCCUUCGCUGAGGGCGAUCCUAUCCCCAUUGCCAUGACCCAGGAUGAUAUUGCCGAGGUUAAGACCGCUUGGGUCGCUGCUGUCAAGCGUGCCAUUGCUGCCGGAUGUGAUUUCAUCGAGAUCCACAACGCUCACGGAUACCUUCUUUCGUCUUUCCUGAGCCCAGCUGCCAACCAGCGUACCGAUAACUACGGUGGCAGCUUCGAGAACCGUAUUCGUUUGUCCUUGGAGAUCGCUCAGUUGACCCGUGACACCGUCGGUGAUAAAGUUCCCGUCUUCUUGCGUGUCUCUGCUAGCGAUUGGCUCCAGGAUAACGUGCCCGCUGAGAUGCACUGGACCCUUGACGAUACGGUUGAGUUUGCUCGUGCGCUUGCUGCGCAGGGUUGUGUCGAUCUGAUCGAUAUCAGUACUGGCGGUAUCCACUCUGCCCAGAAGAUUACCUCUGGUCCUGCCUUCCAGGUUCCUCACGCUGCAGCUGUCAAGAAGGCUGUUGGGGAUAAGAUGCUUGUUGCUGCUGUUGGCAUGAUCAACAACGGAAACUUGGGAGAGAAGAUCUUGAACGAGGAUAAUAUUGAUGUCAUUCUUGUUGGUCGUGCGUUCCAACGUGAUACCGGUCUCGCUUGGAAGUUUGCACAGGACUUGGAUGUUGAGAUUGCCAUGGCUGGACAGAUUCGUUGGGGUUUCACCAGCUUCCGCAAUGCGUCGGAGUAUAUUCAGCCUAACUCUAUGAAGGCUUGCAUUUUUGAUUAA